GAACAAGAUUUUUUAGUAGAUACAACGAAAAAUAAUGAGCUUAUCCACAUUUAGACCUAUUAACUCGUUGCCUCUUGCCUUUUACUACGUCAGUAGCGUGCUUAGCGCCAAUAGCGGCAGUCUUGAUUUAGAUUCGUCAGACUCUGACUCUAGUGAUGAUUCCAGCUCAAAUAACGACGAUUCCAAUGAUGAUUCCAACGAUGAUUCCAACGGUAAGACGGCCACGAAAAACACAAACACAGCUGCAACCACAAAUACAGACACUGCUACUGUCAAGACAGACACUGCUACUGUCAAGACCGACACUGCUACUGAUACCACCGGUACCACCGUCUGGUGGACUCCUACGACCAUGACCACUGACACGGCCACUACGAAAGACACCACUGACAAAACCACUGACAAAACCACUGACAAAACCACUGACAAAACCACUGACAAAACCACCGACACUGACACUACUGGAGUCACAUACAACCAAUAUGGGUUUACUGGCAGCCAGUCUAGAUGGGAAUCUAGCACCGAUUCGUCUGAUUCGUCCGAAUCUCUGUCCCACUCCACUCAUUCCACAAAAAACAAAACCUCGUUAGCCACCAGAAAUAGCAUACUUUUUGCACCCGAAAGGGACUACACUGGCAAAAAGGUCAUUUUCAUUGCAGGUCUCUUGGGAAUUAGUGCCCUUUUCACAGCUUUGUAAUUCAUUUAUAGAUGUGUUCAUUUUUUAUGACAAAUAUAGUAGAAGCCU